AUGGCUUCAGCAGCAGCAUCCACCGGUCCCCCUCCAAGCGCAACUGUAUACGCGCGCAACCUAGAAGAGCGCAUCCAAGUCACCCAACUAAUCGAGUCCCUGCGCGAGCUAUUCUCCGAAUAUGGCACUAUCAUCGACAUCGUAGCAAAGACGAACCUCAAGGCAAAAGGCCAGGCGUUUAUCGUUUUCGAUACCGUGGAGGGCGCACAGAAAGCCAUCGAUGAGGUGCAGGGCUUCGAGCUGUUCGGCAAGGAGAUGCAGCUUGCGUUUGCGAAGACGCGCAGCGAUGCAACGGUGAAGAGACAGGGUAAUGAGGAGGACUUUGAGAGCCAUAAGCGGAGACGACUUGCGGAGAAGGACAAGAAAAAGGCCGCCGAACAGGCAGAGUCCCAAAAGCUCCUCAAGCGCCCCGGCCUCCCCGAUCCAGCUGCUGCACCACGGCCCAUCAAAACCACGCGUGGCGCUGGCCUCAAGUCCUCGAACCCAGCUGGCGCGGCUGUCAUUCCAGACGAAUACUUGCCUCCUAACAAGAUUCUCUUUGUACAGAACUUACCGGACGAGUAUGAUAUCGAUGCUUUGACUGCUAUCUUUGGACGCUUUGAGGGUUUCAGGGAAGUCAGAUUGGUGCCUGGUAGAAGAGGUAUUGCGUUCGUGGAGUAUGAGAGUGAGACGGGUGCGAUUAGUGCCAAAGAGAAUACGGCGGGUAUGGCUUUAGGAGCUGAGAACCAGUUGAUUAAGGUUACAUACCAGAGACAGUAG